AUGGAUAGAGAGAAGCUGAAAUCGGUUCUCUCUCAUCUACUUGCCGAUCCGAUUCUCGCCGACGUUCCGAGGAAUCCAACUCUUUCGGAUGUCGUCACUCUCGUCAGCCUUGAAAAGGGAAGCGCUAUGCGUCUCUCCAUCGUCAAGCUCGAUGGCUCUUCACUUGAUGUGGCGGUCAUGAAUUCAGCUACUUUGAAGGAUCUGAAGCUUUUGAUCAAGAAGAAAGUUAACGAAAUGGAGCAAGCAAGCAUGGGUCAUCGUCACAUUUCUUGGAAGCAUGUAUGGUCAAACUUCUGCCUUUCGAGCAAUGGUGAGAAGUUGCUUGACGACGACGCUCUUCUUCAGGAUGUCGGAAUCCGGAACAAUUCUCAGGUUGCCUUCGUUCCAUACGUGAUGAAGAAGGGUCCUGGAAGACACGCAAAGAGGAAGAAGCAUCGUCUCUUUCGUUCACUCCACAAGACUUCUUGA